GCUCAGACAAGGAGCAAAUCCAGUUUGGAAAGCCGAGGACUCGGGAACCGCGCCACACACUCACUCAAGGCGCCAAAUUAAACUUUCAGAGAGAGUGCACCCGCUUCGACCAAAGGACCCGGAGGAAGUGCCCGCACUAAAACGCACGCAAGUGAAGGACUAAUCGUCGUAACUAUGUGGACCACGCAAAGCAGACAUCGGGCUGCGGGUGUUCUGAUGGCCAUCGCAGUUUUACUGACUCUGCCAUUGGCCAGUGCAGUACAGUACCAGCGGGACUUCUACUCCUCGAUUGCCGACCUCUUGGACCUGGUCGAGCAGGAGGAAGAAGUCAGUCUCAUCCUUCUGGAAUACGCGGAACGCCUCAAGACGCUACACUCGAACAUCAUCAGCUUUGUGGAGACGAGACAGCCUUACCAUGACCUGGAAACUGAUUCCGAGGUCGCUGACUACAUGAAGCACCCUGUCCAUGCCUUCCACCUGAUGAAGAGGAUGGUCGUUGACCUGGGCUCCAUCGAGUCGCAGAUAAACGAACUGCAUGCAUCAGGUGAGGAACCUGCUGCCCGUCAGUGCAGCAAAAGCAGUGAUGACGAGACCCUCGGCCCGACAUAA